AUGCCGCCUCCGCCACUGCCCCAGGAGCUCAAAAAGCUCAUAAUUCAUCACGCUAACCUCAUUCCAGAUAAUUCAGACCAUAUCAAGACUCUAGGAGCGCUCGCUCUGGCGUCUCAGGAUUUCCGCUACCCAGCGCGCAGAUGCAUAUUCUCGGCCGUCGAGAUCGAAGAAACCUACGACGGCAACGUGACCACCUCUCUUCGAACCCAGGCAGCCUUCACUUUCUUCACUAUCUCAUCGAAAGCGACAUCGAAGAUGAUCCCAAUACCCAGGAUCGCGUCCUACAUCUCGUUCACGGUGCGCUUCACGGGAGACGCCAUACACUUCUUCGACUCCCUUGAAGACGGUGUUUCGCUGCUGUUCUCGACUGUCUAUUCCACUCAGCCUCCAACUCCAACCAGGGACACUUGA